ACUGGAGAAAGACCUUACAAGUGCUCAUAUUGUGACAAGAGAUUUACUCGGUCUGGAAAGCUGAAAGCACAUGAGAUAGUUCAUACUGGAGAAAAGCCGUACCACUGUACUCAGUGUGGAAAGAGUUUUGCUGAUGCAUCAGGUCUCCGUUAUCAUGUGCACAUCCACUCUGGAGAAAAGCCAUUUAACUGUGAUCAGUGUGGAAAAACAUAUCAUUCCUCAUCAGGUCUAAAAAGUCACCUGAAAAUUCAUUCAGGCGAGAAGCCUCAUGUGUGUUCUCUCUGUGGAAAGGGUUUUUCAAGGCUGAACAGUUGUAAACGGCACCAAAAAACACAUAAUGAAGUGAGAGAUCAUGUGUGUUGUGAGUGUGGGAAGAGCUUUACUACAGCUGUCUAUCUGAAACAACACCAAAAAAUCCAUACUGGAGAAAGACCUUACAAGUGCUCAUAUUGUGAUAAGAGUUUCAUUUGGUGUGAACACCUGAAAAAGCAUGAGCGAAUUCAUACUGGCGAAAAGCCGUACCAGUGCACUCAGUGUGGAAAGAGUUUCACACAGUCAGCAGCUCUAGUGACUCAUAUUAAGAAGCAUUGUUCUGUGUCAAAGUGAGCAAAUGUUUUCUACAGAUCCAGUAUUUAAAGUCAACAAUGUGAGAUUCUGGUACAGUAAAUAUGAGAUUAGUUCAAAUUAUUAAUUUUGCUGUGAAUACCACAAGGUUUGUGGAAGAUGCCUUUUUUCUGUUUUGUUUGUAUUUAGUCACUUAAAUCUUACAUUGAUGUUUUUUUAUUAUUUUUUUGAUUGCCUACUCAUUAAGACAUUGACAAAAUAUGUAAGAAAAGAGAGUUAUUUAUAAAUGCAAUACUUUUAUAUAUUUAAAAUGAAAGUUGUUGUUCAAGUACCAUAAGAUGGUUGGUCAGUGUAGUAUUUGUCCCGCCCCUCCUUCAUUCACAUAAUGAAAACUGACUGUGACAAACGCUGUUAAACAAACCAGUUAGUAAUGCAUCAAAAUUCAGGGUCAUCAGUUUGCCAAAAAGAACACAAGAAUGUUUUACAUGGCAUACAGGUGCACAUUUCUUUUGUACCAACUGACAUUUUGAAAAUACGAACACUUUCAUGAAUUAAUUUAUGCAGAAUGGCUUUAAAAACGAUUUACACAAAAAUUCCAUCUGCUUGUGUUUCAUGAAUAAAGCCCAAUAUGUCUUUGAAAAUCCUCAUGAAGAAUGAAAGUGUGCAUUAAACUCUAGUGAUUCUUAUGAAAAAGCAUAAUGUUGUUCAAAUGUUGUCAUAAAAAGCAAAGUCUAUCCAUUCAUCAAGUUCGAUAAUUUUCCAGCAUUGUCCAAGUAAUUGCAGUUUUGCAUUUGCCACAUUAAAAAAACGUGUAACUGACAAUUAGUGAAACAAUAGUCUGACAGAAACAGAGGCAUAAUGUUUAACUGAGCUGCUGAAAAGCCAAUAGUUUCCUGUUUUCACCUCAUUCAUUAUGAUGAUGUCUGAGAUCUUCUGUAAAUUGGCACAUUUAAGCACAUUUUAUUGUGUGUCAACAGACUGAGACAAACUACAAGAUCAUCACUUUAUGAGAUAAUCACCUAUUGAUGUGUGUUUUUAGCUUUUAUCCCUCAGGUUUUAAGGUCCUAUAUGGUUCAUUUGGUUUGAUAGAAAGAAACAAGCUGCAUUUCUGGUUUCAAGAUUAUUUGUUUUUCAGACAUUCCUCUUUAAAUACGUUUCAGCAAAAGGAGAAAAAAUCAACAAUUUACUCAUAGAGCUGCAUUGUGAUCCUCAUAUUGCUGGGAUUUAACCAUAUACACUUUAAAAAAUAAAGGUUUCACAAUGCCACAGAAGAACUUUUUUUGUCUAAAUGGUUUCAUAAAUAACUUUUAACAUCUGAAGAACCUUUCUGUCACAAAAGGUUCUUUGUGGCGAAAGAAGGUUCUUCAGAUUAUAAAAAGGUAAGAAAGAGAUGGUUCUUUAAAGAACUUUUGGCUGAAUGGUUCUUUGUGGAACCAAAAAUGGUUCUUCUAUGGCAUCGCUGUGAAGAACCUUUUAAGCACCUUUAUUUUUAAGAGUGUAGGGCUUUAAAAUGAGGAUUCAGAAUCAGAAUCUAAAAUCAUAUAGACCAUUUCGCUAGAUGUAAACAUACUGGUCCCGAUACACUUCCUGUUUCUUCUUCUUUUUUUUUUUUACUUGACACAAACAUCACAAAAAAUACAACCAACAUAACGUUUGACUGGAUGAAAAUGUUACAUUAGCAGCUUUAAGAUGUAUUUGUAUAUGUGAAAUAAAAAAUAAAAAAAUAAAAAAACAAAAAAACAGGAAGCACUUCUGGACCAGUGUUGUUUACAUCUAGCGAAAUGAUCUAUUGAGAUAUUUUUAGUACUUCUUUUGUCACAGGCACACUUUCGGAAAAAUAUAUUUUUGGUUUUCAGACAAGUAUGUUUAAUGCAGUUGUUUAGAUAGUGAGAAAUAAGAUGUAUUUGUAGUUUCAACGUUAUAUCUUCUUCAAGCAUUCCUUUUUAAAAUACAAAAUGUUAUCAGCUAUGAAAAGUUACACACUUCAGAUCUCUAGAAUUGAACUAUAUAUGUCCUUAAAAAUUUGAAUAUUGAAAGAAAUGUUUGUUAAAGUGCCCCUAUCAUGCCUUUUCAAAUAUGACCUUUCAUGUAGUGUUUCAUGUAGCUGUAUGUGAACAUAAACUAUCUGCAAAGUUGUGAAGCCGACAGUGCACGAUACAUAAAGUUACUGUCUAUCCACAAAAAGAGUCGGCUCACACACUGUAAAAUCUAAUUAGUUGGGCUUACUUAAAAAAAGCAUGCAAACCAAUUGCCUUAAAAAAACUAAGUAAAGUGAAAUAGGAAUAGUAUGUUGUACUGACAAAUGCUUAGUUAGUAUAGUUUACUUACAUGAAUGUUCUAGUAACUAAAAAAGAACUGUAGAGGGUACUUAAUCAUUUACUUUAGGCUUACACUUGACUUAGUAUAGCUACUCACUGACUCCCAGAGUGCAUUGCGGCAUGAAUAAAUUAUGCAAUUGCUUUGUUUUACUGCUGUUGUUUUUAUUUGCUAAUUUUAUUUACUGGCUUGUGUCAGUAGUAGCACAACAAAAAUAGAAAAUAAAAUAAUAUAAUGGUUAU